AAAAGAAUCAGGGACCCACCGCAGACCUGCCGACGGCCCGCGGAUCUGCCAUCCUUUCCAGUGCGCCAUGUCUGGUUCAUCCAGCGUCGCGGCUAUGAAAAAAGUGGUUCAACAACUCCGGCUGGAGGCCGGGCUCAAUCGGGUGAAGGUUUCCCAGGCAGCUGCAGAUUUGAAACAGUUCUGUCUGCAGAAUGCUCAACAUGACCCUCUGCUGACUGGAGUAUCUUCAAGUACAAAUCCCUUCAGGCCCCAGAAAGUCUGUUCCUUUUUGUAGUAAGAUGAAUCUUGACAAGGUUUUCCAAACCACUUUUCAUAAACCAGUGAAUAUUCAAAGGAAAGCUAAAUUUGAAGCCUGUACAAAAGCCUCUCUGUAACGUGCCAUACUACACAAACUUCUACUUUUGUCAGUCCUUAAUGUCUACCUCUCUGAAUAUUCUUAAUUUUCUGUUUCACAAGGGUAAUUAUUUUAUACACACUGAUGGCAGCAU